GCCACGCACAUGAUCACUUAUUACAAGGCGCUACCAAUCUUCUCUUCUCCAUUUCGCCAUACAUCUGAAGUUCGCAAUUGAUUCAGAUACACUUGGGUCAGUUGGUGCAGUUUUUCUUAUUGAGUGAUCUUCGACGAUACUGAAGUCGCAAAAAUUAGUGCGGGAAAAUGCAGUUAUUUUCUCGACAAAAGUGGAAGAGUUUCUUAGAAUUUGUUGUUUCUGAGAGGUACUUUGUCACCUGUAUGGAACUUAUGCUUUUCUUAAUUGGGGUUUACCCCUUUGCAGAACGAAGCUUCUAUAGUGAUUUCAUGGUGUCAUUACCUUUAGUAAUGGAAAUUGCUGCUACAUCAAGAGCAAGACUUUUCAAGGAAUACAAAGAAGUGCAGAGAGAGAAAGUAGCUGAUCCUGAUAUUCAACUUGUUUGCGAUGAUACAAACAUAUUUAAGUGGACGGCUCUUAUAAAGGGGCCUUCAGAGACUCCUUUUGAAGGUGGAGUUUUCCAGCUUGCCUUUUCUGUUCCUGAGCAGUAUCCUAUGCAACCUCCUCAAGUUCGGUUCUUAACCAAAAUAUUUCAUCCAAAUGUACAUUUCAAGACGGGUGAGAUUUGCCUAGAUAUCUUGAAGAAUGCUUGGAGCCCGGCUUGGACCCUGCAAUCUGUUUGCAGGGCUAUAAUUGCACUGAUGGCUCAUCCAGAGCCUGACAGUCCACUAAAUUGUGAUUCAGGCAAUCUUCUCCGAUCCGGGGAUAUCAGAGGAUAUCAAUCCAUGGCCAGGAUGUAUACCAAACUAGCAGCCAUACCCAAGAAGGGGUGAAAAUUUAUUCGAUUAUUUUGCCCAAAAAGUGUCUGAAUGUAACCAGGUUUUCAAAUGUGCCUUGUGCUCGUGGAUAUGUAUUAUGUGCUCGCAUAUAUUCCUCAUUGACCAAUGCAACUGGUCAGUCAAUUUGUUCGAACUUUCACCUGUAUGUGCCCUUACAAUACAGUGGAUUGAUGUCUUCAAUAGUUGUUUGAAGUUAAUUCAUGUUGUUUUGUGUGUGUGCGUGUACCAAUUUAACUGUUGAAAACUGCGUAUUCUACAUAAAGAUUGAGAAAGAUGAGCUUAUUUUGCUGUUAGCUGUCAAAGUGUAAAACAUGUCAUGUGAUGCCCAAUCUCCUCUUCAGUUACCCGCUGAAAAA